AAAGAAAAACAUCUUUCUUCCCUCGUUUGUCUCACUCCUCUUUCCUUCUCCUUUCCGUCUUCCACACCGCAAUCUCGACAGUGAAAAUGAAACAGUCAGAGGAACAGAAAUCCAUCCCUGACCAAGUCGUUCUCAUCGUAGACCCUCGAAACUCUAUAUCCAAACCGACUCCAGAGAAAUCCCCCGACCCAACCUCUAAAGAAAAACCCCGAAAUCCUACAACCACCACCCGCACCCGCACCCUCCGUCGUCUCGUCAGCCACUCCAAGCGCAAGGCCCGCUUCGUCGAGCUCAAUGAUCCCCACCCUCUCAAACCCGUCCCCGACUCCGAAGUCCACCAACCCGAAUCCGAAUCCGAAUCCGAUGACGAGUUCAUCAAAGAAGAAGAGCGUUAUGCAGCCGAGAAUGACGGCAGCAAGAAGCGCAAGAUCAACGUCCGGGCCAUGGCUGAGUGGGUUAUCUUUAUCGUUAUCAUGGCCUGUCUCGUUUCCAGCCUCUUCGUUCCCUACCCCAGCCACUGGAACCUCCAGGGGCUAGAGCUCUGGAAAUGGUGCCUCACGGUCCUCGUCAUUUGCUGCGGGCGCCUCGUCUCCAGCUGGCUCGUCCGGUUCAUCGUCUUCCUCAUCGAGCGCAACUUCAUUCUCCGCGAGAAGGUACUCUACUUCGUCUACGGCCUGCGGGGUGGAGUGCAGAUCUGUGUAUGGCUCAGCCUCGUCUUGCUAGCAUGGACACUGCUUUUCGAUCGGGAUGAUCGAGUCUCGAGACGCUAUCACAGGCUCUUGAACAAGGUCGAACACGCUCUGAUAGCUAUUCUAGCAGGGUCCAUCAUAUGGCUGGUGAAGAUUGUCCUUGUAAAAAUGGUUGCAUCGUCGUUCCACGUCUCGGCCUUCUUUGAUCGGAUGAAAGAGAGCAUCUUCCAUCAGUAUAUAUUGGAGACAUUGUCUGGGGAGCCGAUCGGUGAGUUGUCACAGUCGCUGAGCCAGAGGAGGAUGAUGCGCCAGUCCAAGACGCUGCCGGCUCGAUUCUCGCUGCGGAGUGAUGGAUUUGAUUCGAAGCGGAUGGAGAUCGACAUGGAGCAGCUGAGGAGGCUGAGCCGAGGGAAUGCAUCGACGUGGGGGGUGAAGCGGCUAAUAAGCCAUGUGAUGUCAACGGGGCUUUCCACGAUCUCGAAGACAGUCGAUGAGACGAUGGAGGAGUUCAGGGAGAAGGGCGAGAUCUCGAACGAGGGGGAGGCGAAGAAGGAGUCCCAGCGAAUCUUCAAACACGUAGCUAAGGCCGGUGCCAAGUACAUUGAAGAGGAUGAUCUGUUGAAGUUCUUGAACAGCAAUGAGGUCCGGUCCAUAUUCCCUCUCUUCCAAGGAUCUGAGACUGGAAAAAUCAGAAAGUCAGCUUUCAGGGGCUGGGUGGUGAAAGCUUAUAAAGAGUGGAAAGCUCUAGCUCAUGCCUUGAACGACACUAAGACAGCAGUGGAACAGCUACAUAAGCUAGCGAGUGCGGUUGUGAUUGUGAUCAUAAUCGUGGUGUCUCUGCUGGUGAUGGGAGUCGCUACUUCCAAAGUCAUACUCAUCGUCACAUCCCAAUUGCUGCUUGUGGGAUUCAUGUUCGGGAACACUUGCAAGACCAUCUUUGAAUCCAUCAUCUUCGUCUUCGUAGUGCACCCCUUUGACGUGGGUGAUCGUUGUGUCAUCGACGGUGUCCAGAUGGUGGUGGACGAGAUGAACAUUUUGACGACAAUAUUCCUCCGUUUUGACAACGAGAAGAUUUACUACCCCAACGCGGUGCUGCUUACAAAGGCCAUCAGCAAUUUUAACAGGAGUCCUGAAAUGGGUGAUACUGUCGAAUUCUCAAUGGAUGUUAUGACUCUAGAGAGUGCCUUCAAUGACAUGAAGACCGCCAUUCGAGCAUACAUAGAUAGCAAGCCCAAGCACUGGCAACCAAAGCACUCGGUGGUAGUGAAUGAGAUUGAAGAGGUGAACAAGAUGAAAAUAGGUCUUAACGUUCUACACACCAUCAACUUCCAGAACUUCUCGAAGAGGAACAAACGACGGUCUGAACUAAUCUUCGAGCUGAAGAGAAUCUUUGAGAGGCUCAGCAUCAAAUACCACCUUCUCCCUCAACAGAUCCAUCUCACCCAAUUCACCAUGCCCACCGCGAAGAUCCCGGUGCCAUGACGACACUAAUCCCGGUGCAAAGACAGUCUUAACGGUCUUGAUCUGCAGAUGAUGUAAUGGCAGGUGUGUGGUGGGCCCCCUAUACAUCUCAUGAUAGUAAUGAACUAGUAUCUAUUGUACUUUAUGAAACUGUAUUUUAUAUUGGCAUGAAACAUAUUUUAUCUGCCGAAAGCCAUCUAUGGUUUAGCUACAUCGUAUGUGGAUCAUGUGGUAUAGGGGUCAGGAUCAUGUGGAUGGCUCUUGUACAUAGUAUUACGUAUGAUAAGUAUACUUUUAUAUAAAAACUUGGAUAUAAUAUAAUGUAUAAAAAUGCUCCAGAGCACGAUGAGUUAUAAUUC